CAAUGUUGUAUUAGUUUCAGGUAUAUAGCAGUGAUUCAGUUAUUACAUAUAUUUAUAUUCUUUUUCAGAUUCGUUUCCACUAUAGGUUAUAAUUCUUUAUAAAUAUUGAACCCUGUGAAUGCAUUACAUAUUCAUAUUGUUUAAUAAUUGAGUCAAAAAAUUUGAGAGGGAACUUUAAAAAAAAAAAAAAAGGCAAAGAAAACAUCAGGGAGCGAUUAAGUCCCAUAAGUCAAAUGUUCACAAGUGGGGUCCUCCGCGAGCUAGGAUUAGCUCCACCGAGGCGAGGCUUCCUAGAGCGGCCCGGAAGUGCCUGGCUGAAAGCAGCGGAGCGUCGAUUGGUCGGUCAGUCUUUGUUCGGGCCGCCCCAAAGGACGCUAGCUGUCGCACCUGUUCCUCCUGGCGUGAGGUUUUUCUCUGAAACAAGAUUCUGAGAGAUUCCCCUUGACUCAGUCCCAGAUAGAGGAUUAAUCUCCUGAAAAACAGCCCAGAAUGACCACAUUUCUGGAACUUGAAGAACAAAAAGGACUUCUAAUAGUUAAAGCAGAAGACCACUACAGGGGACAGGACUCCAUCUCACAAAAGUCCAGUCCUCACAGAAGGGAACUCUUCAGGCAGCACUUCAGGAAGCUCUGCUAUCAGGACGCACCUGGACCCCGUGAAGCUCUUACCCAGCUCUGGGACCUUUGCCGCCAGUGGCUGAGGCCAGAAUGCCACACAAAAGAGCAGAUUUUAGACCUGCUGGUGCUUGAACAAUUCCUGAGCAUUCUCCCCAGGGACCUGCAAGCAUGGGUGCAGGCACACCAUCCAGAGACUGGAGAGGAGGCAGUGACUGUGCUGGAGGAUCUGGAGAGAGAGCUUGAUGAACCUGGAAAGCAGGUUCCAGGCAAUUCAGAAAGACAGGACGCACUUUUGGACAAGUUGGCCCCCUUGAGAAGGCCACAUGAGUCACUGACUAUCCAGCUUCAUCCCAAGAAGACCUGGCAGGAGCAGAAAUCUGGGGAGGCCCAAAGAAAUGGUGAUGAAACCAAGACUAAAACUGAAGAGUUGUCCCAGAAGGAAGAUAAAUCCAAAGACAUGGAAUUCCUUGGGAAGAUAAAUGACAGACUUAACAAAGAUAUUCUUCAGGAUCCUGAAUCCAAAGAUGCUUUUGAAAGUGAGGGCAUUUUCGAGUGGCAGCAGAGGAAAAGGAGAUGCUAUAAAUGUGAUGACUGUGGAAAAAGUUUCAGUCAUAGCUCAGACCUUAGUAAACACAGGAGAACGCACACUGGAGAAAAGCCUUAUAAAUGCGAUGAAUGUGGAAAAUCUUUCAUUCAACGCUCACAUCUCAUUGGACAUCAUAGAGUACACACUGGGGUGAAACCCUAUAAAUGUAAAGAAUGUGGGAAAGAUUUCAGUGGGCGCACAGGUCUCAUUCAGCAUCAGAGAAUCCACACAGGUGAAAAACCCUAUGAAUGUGAUGAGUGUGGGAGGCCCUUCCGUGUAAGUUCAGCCCUUAUUAGACAUCAAAGAAUUCAUACAGCAAAUAAGCUCUACUAACAUGGUAUAAGUAACAAAAGUUCUUUAGCCACUCAGGCCAAAGUAGUUAUCAGAGAAAUCUACCUUGGAGACCUUGAGUAUCCUAAAUGUAGGCAAAGCUUCAAUCAUCAUUAAAAAUUUCUCUGGCAUCAAAGAAUCUACCUGAGUAAAAUUUCAUUUUAUUUCUAAAUUAGUCUUAGAGUUGUACACCCUCAAAGUCUUAACGUGAAAAGUAGUUUGGAGCAUUGAGACCAUGCUACCCAUUUUUAGUCUGAUGUUGAUUCCAGAUUGUUACCAAAGUGUCUACCAUCUGAUCUUGACCAGAGGGCAAGGAUAAGAGUCAAGAGAGGUACAGAAAGAUUUCAGGGCAGAGACAGCCUGGAGUGAUAGUGGCAAUAAAAGAAAGUCCAGUGGGACCUGGGAUAACUGCUGCCAUAAGGCAAAGGAGGCAUGAUGUUAAAGGAGGUCUAAGUAGCUGUCAGUACUAUGGGAUUAGUCAGUGCCCUAGUAAGUCUGUAGAAACCCACAAAAAAUUGAUGAGGAUGCAGCCAGUUGGAAAGAAGAGCUCUGAGUCCAAUCACAGCCACAGUUUCUGGAAAUGAAGAUGUUAUAUGUUAGACACUGUAAUCCAGAAUCACUGAGUUCUAGCAGACAGCCAUCCUGGAAUGAUGGCACCUGCUCUAAAAGAACCCUAAACAUGGAAGGCAGUUUCUCAAAUUGUUGUGAAACAUGCAUCACUUCUCCCAUCAUUUUUGGAGGGAGGCAAGAACUUGUAGUUUUCAUGAACUAGUAGAACAGACAGUGACAGUUAAGAGGCACCUAAAGGGAGUAUGGGGACAGUUCUUUCAGACACAGGUGGGGGUGGUGGUUAAACUGGUGAUUCUGAAUGGGGAACCAAUAGCUAUGAAGGGAAGAAGUGAUUGACGGUUGGGGAGAAGGGGAUGUCAGAGGUAUGCACAGGCAUUGGUAAAGAGAGAGGAAACAAGAUAGAAGAGAAAGGGAUGGAAUGAAAAGAGAAUGAUAAAAAAAAAAGGAAUAAGGGUAUAGGGAAAGGAACAAAGAUAAGAUAUGGUGAUA